AUGGCUGCCGCAUGCCGCCUCAAUCAAGUGCUCAAAGGAUCGCCAAUCAGUGGCAAGAUUCUUGAGGUUCUUGCAGCUGUCGAAAAGAAAAACCAAGGAAUCCGCGACGUGAGGCAUCCAAAUGUUCUGGAUGAGAUCGCUGGGGGUAAGAUGAGAGGGUUGGUGAAGGAUGUUGCCUGCAACUAUCUGGACAGCCCGAAAGUGGCGCAGCGCUAUGGUUCUACCCCUGGUGGAUACGGACCAGAGGGUGUAGCAGAAACGCCUGCACUCGGCGGCUGCGAGCACGAGUUCCUACGUGAUUGUCACGCACCCAAUAUUAUGAUGAAUGCUGAUGCAAUGUACCCUGCUCGAGCUAUCUGGGGGGGUGACGGCGAUCGGCCGCCAGAAAUUCAGCAACAAGGGGCCGAUUAUGACCCAUUCCCCGCGGACGUCUUUUACUCGGGCAAUAUUAUCAAACAUCACUUCACAGAGGGUCGCGCGGCUAAAAAAAAGAAACUAGGGUUCACGUUUUUAGAGAGCCUUCAAGCUGCUGAUAUGACAAACCCCAAUCCCUCAAAACGGCCGACAAUGGAAGAAGUAGUCGCUCAAUAUUCGGAGAUUCGGAAGGGACUUUCAUCUUGGAAACUUCGCCAGAGGGUGGUUCGGCUAUAUUAUCCGAAGUAUUCCUCCCAUCCCAGCGCGAUCCCCGCAAUGAGACACGUCCGCUUCUCAUCUUACUCACGUCAUAUUUUCUUUGGUCGGGGAACAGGGAGGACUUUGAAGCCGUUCCGGCCCACAGUGUAUGAGAAAAGCAUUCUAAUUGGUAUGCAAUUGACAUACGGGUCAAAAAAUAUCAUGUAUCAUUUAGAAGGGGGAAGCCAAAACGAAACGAUAUUCGCUCACUACUCUAAAACUGCUCUCGAGUCUAACGAACACUCCCCAGGCUCAUUCCAAUUGGUCAACCAGCAGCUCGGUAUACUGUAUGGCUCUUUCCCAGAUAUCGAGACCGCCCUGUGUUUCCUCGAGCCAUUCCAUCUGGACCUCCUGAGACGACAUUGGGUAUCCGUAAAGCCUCUCCUCUGGAUCUGA